AUAGACUGAAAUAUCUCUGUGACUAUCAGAUGGAUUGUCGUGAAAUGUAAUACAGACAUUCAUGUUCCCCUCGGGAUAAACCGUAAUAACUUCGGUGAUCCUCUGACUGUUCAUCGAGCGACGUGUUCACGUUAACAAAUUUCCAAUAUUCUUUAAAAAAAAAAAUCUUGACUCCAACAGUUUUGGGGCGUUUUCUGUCUCCCGUCACACGAUCCUCUCUGAGGUCUAAAGUUCUGCUCCUCUAUGAACAGAACCAUGAUGAGUAGAAGAAGAGAACUAGAACACGUCUGUAGAGCAACUUUAAACAAGACAAGUGAAAGUCAGCUGAUGAAAUAUUAUAAUUUAAAGCUUCAGUCACACAUGAUGCGUUCAAGGGCCGUCGGAAAGAUGAAAAUCAGACGAUCAUGUCGUCUUUACUGCUCGAGGCUGAUAAACAGUGAAGUUUAAAGAAAACCUGCUUCUUCAGUCCCAGGUUCACAGGUUUGACAUGUAAACGUGUAGAGCAGAAAAUACAGAUUUUUAAAUGAUUCAUAAGCUUUAAAGCUGAUCUGGAGGAUUCUGAUACCGGGAGAUGUUUUUAGUUUGUCUGUCGUCAGCCACAAACACUCAGGCGUUCUCUUUACCUCCUCAGCUGAUGAAGGAGCCGGUGCUGCAGGACAAACGGAGCGAGCACGUCCGGUUCUGCCGGUACGCCGCCGAGCUGACGGAGCGGGUGUCCGGUAAGCCGCUCCUCAUGGGCACCGACGUCUCGCUGGCUCGCCUGCAGAGGGCCAACGUGGUCGCCCAGUCGCGCAUCACCUUCUCGGAGAGGGAGCUCUUCAUGCUGAUGAGGAACCACCUGGUGGCCAAAGGCCUCCACGACACGGCCAACACGCUGGUCAAAGAGGCCAAUUUACCGGCUGGAUCCCUCUGUCCUCACUCUUCCUCCUGCAUCACUCCUCCUCCUCUCUCCUCCUCUUCCUCCACAAUGAUUCCCAGGACUUGCCGGUUGGCCGUCGGGAUCGCCGCUCGCGUCGCCGGCCACGUGGGCUCUUCUCCCGUCUCCUCGGUCGCCUCCUCUUCCUCUCGCUCCCUCCUCGCUCCUCACCCCUCGUGCUCCUCUUCAUCUACCACCCCCCUCCUCCCUCCUCCUCACCCUCAUCCAGGGUCUCACGGUCAGGCCUCGCAUCCGGUCGGACGGAUUCUGUUCACGCGGGAACGCCCGGCGGCUCAUUGCAGCUCAGGAAAGAAGCUCCGGGCGCUGAAGCAGAAGUCUGACCACGGCGCCUUCAUUCAGACUCCAGCGAUGAAGAAGCAGCUAGAGCGCCACCUCCCCUCCCCCCCGACCCUGGACAGCAUCAUCACGGAGUACCUGAGGGAGCAACACGCCCGCUGCCCCAACCCCGUCACCACCUGCCCCCCCUUCUCCCUGUUCACCCCCCACCGCUGCCCUGAGCCCAAGCAGAGGAGGCAGGCGUCACCCAACUUCACCGCCCGCCUGGGGAGCCGGGUGCUGUACCCGAAGUACGGAGGCGUGGACCGAGGCUGUCUGGACCGACAUCUGAUCUUCAGCAGGUUCCGUCCGAUGUCGGUCUUCCACGAGGGCGACGGAGACGAGAGCGGCUUCACCUGCUGCGCCUUCUCGGCCCGCGAGCGCUUCCUGAUGCUGGGAACCUGCUCGGGUCACCUCAAGUUCUACAACGUGUUCUCCGGAGAGGAGGAGGCCAACUACACCUGCCACUCGUCAGCCAUCACUCACCUGGAGCCCUCCAGGGAUGGGAAGCUGCUGCUCACCUCUGCUUCUUGGAGCGUCCCCUUGUCGGCCCUCUGGAGUAUGGACGGUGUCUUCAGCUUGAAGAACUCGUUUGUGAACGAUCACUACGUGGAGUUCAGUAAACACUCUCAGGACCGAGUCAUCGGCACCGAGGACCAAGUUGCUCACAUCUACGACAUCCAGACGGGGCAGAAGACCGUGACCCUGAACGACGCCGCUCUGGCCAACAACUACAAGAGGAACUGCGCCACCUUCAACCCCACCGACGACCUGGUGCUGAACGACGGCGUGCUGUGGGACGUCCGGGCCUCGGGUGCCAUCCACAAGUUCGACAAGUUCAACAUGAACAUCAGCGGCGUCUUCCACCCCAAUGGCCUGGAGGUCAUCGUCAACACGGAGGUUUGGGACCUGAGGACCUUCCACCUGCUGCACACGGUGCCAGCGCUGGACCAGUGCAGGCUGGUGUUCAACAGCAACGCCACCAUCAUGUAUGGAGCGAUGCUGCAAGCCGAUGAUGAGGAUGACGCCAUGGACCAGCAGAUGAAGAGUCCCUUCGGCUCGUCCUUCAGAACUUUCGAUGCUACAGACUACAAGCCCAUCGCCACCGUGGACGUGAAGAGGAACAUCUUUGACUUGUGCACCGACACCAGAGACUGCUACCUGGCUGUCAUUGAGAACCAGGACGCGGUGAGCCUGGACACGGUGUGUCGUCUGUACGAGGUCGGAAGACACAAACUGGCAGAAGAAGGAGACGACGACGAUCAGGUGAAAUGACGACGAUGUUUGUCUCAGAGCAGGAAGUUUGGAUAACAAUCCACAGUUCAUAUGUCUAGUGUGUGUUUGUGUGUUUAGAUUCAUCUUUAGUUUAACCAGAGGUGCAGAGUAAUGCACAUAUAACUAAAGGUACUAUAGAUAGUCAUUUCAAUAGAGCGUAUGAGUCAUAGCGCCAAAUACAAGAGACCACAAGUCAGAGCUUCAUGUGUUAGAGCUGCAUU